GCGUCCUCGUUCCCCUCGCCCCAGCGCAGAACCGAAAGCGGGUGGGAGGCGGGGCGAGGAAGCGGAGGGCGGUGCCCCGAGGAGGCCCGGCGAUGGCGCUGCGCCUGGUGACCGACUUCGACCUCGCCGCGGACGCGCUCCCCGCGCUGCGGGCGGCCAGGGCGGGCGGCGCAGAUGUUUUAGAAACAAAUUAUGAGAGCUUACAUCUACUAAAUGUUGAAAGAAACGGAAAUAUUAUUUAUACCUAUAAGGAUGGAAAGGGAAAUGUGGUCUUUGGAUUAUAUGAUUGCCAAACCAGACAAAAUGAGCAUCUGUAUACCUUUGAGAAAGACUUGCAAGUCAUCAGUUGCUCUGUCAACAAUGAGAGAACUUUGCUUGCUGCAAGUUUAGUUCAAUCUACUAAAGAAAGAAGAAGGAAUGAGCUUCAACCAGGGUCAAAGUGCUUAACGUUGCUGGUGGAAAUCUUCCCUGUUAACAAUGUAAAGGUCCUAAAAGCCGUGGAUAGCUGUGUUUGGGUACAGUUCCUCUACCCACAUGGUGCAAGUCAUCCUCUUCCACAAAGCCACCUGUUACUGGUUUCAGAAGAGAAAUAUAUUGAGCAAUUUCAUAUCCAAGUCACCAAAGAAGAUGGAAAUAGAGUGGUAAUUAAAAAUUCUGGCCAUCUCCGAAGAGACAGAAUAGCUGAGGAUUUUGUUUGGGCUCAGUGGGAUAUGAGAGAACAGAGAUUAUACUACAUUGACCUGAAGAAAUCAAGGAUUAUCUUAAAAUGCAUCCAGUUUAAUGCAGAUGAGAGCUUUACCUUAAUGUUUGAAACACCAUUGGACAUACCACUAAGUGGCUCUGAAUUUAAACUUGUCAACUUUGGAUGUGGUUAUCAUGAGGAGCAAGAGAAAUUGUCCAAACACCUGACUCUGUAUGUUUUUACCAACCAUACAGGAAGCUUGUGUGCAUGUUACAGCCAGAAGUUUGACUCUUGGGAACAAAUCACAUAUUCAGUGUUUUAUUUUCACGAAGGGUACAGAAAGACCUUCACCGCUGCUCCCGGGAGUGGUGGCUCACAUGUGACAAAGGACAUCACUUUCCUCAACCUCGACUAUUACGUGGCUGUUUACUUACCUGGUCAUUUCUUUCAUCUACUUAACAUUCAGCAUCCAGACUUAAUCUGCCACAGUCUGUUUCUGACAGGAAACAACUCAAUGGCUGAUGUGCUACCCCAGAGUGCUUUGCGGCCCCUGUCAGGGUCCCUAGUCCUGGACUGGGGCUUGGGGAAGCUCUACAGAGCGACCCUCAACCCGCCCCGCUUGCUGCAGUUCCUGGGGGCCGCCCAGCUGGACUGCGAUAGGAUGGCCACACUGCACUGCCUGCUGGCCUGUGGCCGGGAGUUGCAGCCCCUGGAGGCCCAGAUUAUUCAGUGGAUUUCUGAGAACUUCUCUACCUGCCAUUCAUUUGACCUCAUUCAGGAAUUUAUAAUUGCUUCUUCAUAUUGGAGCGUGUAUCCAGAGACGAGUAACAUGGACAUGCUUCUGCAGUAUUCUUCGGUGCUCACUUGGGACUCAGAAAUUCCUGGAAUAACCCUUGUGACAGAAGAGAUCCCCCUGCCUCUGAUGAAGGUCCACAGCUUUCAGGGCUACUGGGAAAAGCUGAACUCCAACCUAGAGCACGUCAAGUACGCCACGCCACCCUCGCGCUACACCAACAGCGUGGUCUGGAGGGAGUGGCACAACCUGGUCGCCGAGUUACAAGGGUGCUGGGGACAGAGGCUGCGGAGUCCAACGGUCUGGUCACAGGAAACAGGAAAAAGAAGGCCCACAGUGUAUGUGAGGAACAUUCUCCACAGUGCAGUAAAGGUGAUUUCUAAUGUUGAAGCAAGGCAUUUGGAGCCAAGGCUAGCACCCCUCCUGCAGGAGGAGGACACCCGCCACAGGCUGCUAGUGGGGCUGAUGGUGUCUGAGCUAAAAGACCAUCUUCUGAGAUACCUACAAGGUGUAGAGAAGAAGAAAAUUGAACAGAUGGCUGUGGACUACACUUCAAAACUGCUGCACCUCAUUUGCUGCAUACUGGAAACCAGUUGGAGGAAGCACAGUCUCGACUCUUGGGCUCUCCGACUUGACGGCAGUGGCAGUGCUGCUGAAUCUGCAGUCUUUCACCUCAUGACCAGGAUCUUGGAAGCCACCAGCAGUUUGUUUUUACCUCUGCCUCCUGGUUUCCAUACCCUGCACACCAUCCUCGGGGUCCACUGUCUCCCUCUGCACAGCCUGCUGAAUUACAUCGAUAACGGAGUGUUGCUUCUCACCGAAACGGCGGUCACGAGGCUCCUGAAGGAUCUGGAUAAUACCGAGAAAAACGAAAAACUGAAAUUCAGCGUCAUUGUGCGGCUUCCUCCGCUUAUUGGCCAGAAGAUCUAUCGACUUUGGGAUCAUCCUGUGAGUUCCAAUGUCAUUGCCCGGAACCAUGUGACCAGACUGCUUCAGAACUAUAAGAAACAGCCGUGGAGUUCUGUGAUCAACAAGUCAUCAUUCAGUGUAGACUUUCUGCCUCUGAACUACUUGAUUGAAAUUCUGACCAGUCUAGAGUCCUCCACUCAAGCUCUGAAUGAUUUUGAAGGACAUGACAAUGUGGAUGCAGAAUUUGUAGAAGAAGCAGCUCUAAAACAUACCACAAUGCUUCUAGGCUUAUAAGAGAGAAAAUGCAAUCAGAUUGGUUUUCAGCAUUUUCAUCUUACUCAUUAACCUUCCUCUUCUUGGGAAUUCUUUAGCAAUAUCUACAAGUGGACAAAGCAGAAUAUAUUGUUGAAUCAUCUGAGUUUUAGUUUUAUACAUGUUUGGGAGGAAUGAAACUGCUGUAUCUCAUUCCAGUGUUGAGCAUCUGAUGAGCAGUCAAGUAUAGAGAAAUGACAGUCUGAGACAGGAAACAGCAUAAACAGGGCUCUUCCUACUGGCCUGGUAGGCCAAUAGCUACCUUCCAUUACACUCUGAAAUAAAACAUCCUUUAAAAAUGUGGAACAGUUGGGCCGGGGAUUUAGCUCAGUGGUUCUGGCGCCUGCCUCGCAAGGGGAAGGACCCGAGUUCGAUUCCCAGUACCAAAAAAAAAAAAAAUUGUGGAACGGUGAGUGCAUAGAACAGCAAAAACUAGAUAUGUUACUGAAAAUAGCAUAAGCAGAAAAAUUCAGUGUUGCAUAAAGAACAUUACUGGGAAAGAGAAUAUUUUUUAAAAUCUGGACUAAAUCAAAUCUGCUAUCUCUGAUACAGAAUAACUUGUAACAUAUAGUGAGUGAUUUGUACAUAUAGUAUUUAGAAUAACGUUUGUCUUUGUGAUGGUUCAGAUGGAACUUAUUUACUUUUUUUAUAUUUAUAAAAGUUUGGUUAAAUUUUGUCAUUAAAAAAACCUAAAUACUGAGA